AUGUCUAAAUGGCAACAAGAUUUAAGAGAUGCUUUGAUUUCAAACAAUUUAACAACAGCGAUGACCAGUUAUUGCAUGAAUAAGAGCUUAACUUUUUUUAGUUGUCAAAACAACGCUCGAAAAUUGCGAUUAAUUAAUCCUUUUAAAGCUUAUAAACCUUUAAACGACGACGAUUAUGUAACAUCACGUAACAUGGCCAUGCUCACGCAUUCAUGCCGAAUAUCAUAA